AUGGCACCAGGAGGCAGUCAGGAGUUGAGUCGACCAGACUGCCUGAGAGUAGAUAGAGUGGAGCCUACAGCAGCAGUUAUCUACUGGAAACCCCAGACAUCCUCCCAGAGACUACACCACAUUGUUCUCUGCUCUGGAGCGUACUACAAGACACUGGUCAAUGCUAGCUGGGACCCGGCUGCAGAUUUCAAGACAUACUACGUCCCUUCCGAAGUUCACCAGUUGACUCUCACCAAUCUCAAACACAAUGCCAACUACUCUUGCACAAUUGAGACCGAGAGAGCCGGUCCGGGAAGACCCUGUCAUUUCUCCACUAAUAGACAUAGUGGCUAUGUUGCUGCAAAUCAAGGCUCUGACGAACUGUCCAAUUUCAGGGCCAAAUUCAAUCACAUGUUGCACACUGUCCUACUGGGUGGAGUGCUGCCCAUGCUGAUCAUCGGAGGCUGUGCGGGCACCAUUUACCUCUACAUGAGGUACACGAGCUUCCGUCAGAAAGCAAGGCAUUUGCGGCAGUACCAGAGAGUGCCAACAUUUGAAGUACCUGGUGGACAUCCAGGAGGCCAAGCAUCACACAGUGUUCCUCCAUCUCCUUACAAUAGAGGUGGCAUCCCACCACAUCCAUACAGCACCCUGCCUCCAUCUCCUUACAAUAGAGGUGGCACCCCACCACAUCCAUACAGCAACCUGCCUCCAUCUCCUUACAACUCUCUGCCUCCAUCUCCUUACAACUCUCUGCCUCCAUCUCCUUACAAUAGAGGUGCCAUCCCACCACAUCCAUACAGCACCCUGCCUCCAUCUCCUUACAACUCUCUGCCUCCAUCUCCUUACAAUACAAUACCUCCGUCUCCAGUAACACCAACUAUACUCCCAUCUCCACACAAAGCUAUGGCCCCGUCAUCAUUAUGCAACACUAAGACUCCAUCUCCUCAUUGUCCAUAUGCCACAUCCACUACCAAAAGAUCUCCCUACCAAACCAUACCUGAAGUGCAGCCGUUACGGUAUAACAUGACUUCCAUUCCACAACCUUCGCCUGGCGGUGUGUAUGGUAUGGUCACCAGCCACACUGUUACCCCAGCAACUCCUCGGCCAACUGAAUCAGAGACAGUGGCAGCCACAUCUUCCUACUUCUCUGCAGCUGACGAAGAAGAAGUAUGGGAGACAAUAGAGAGAGAUAUGAGCCACGAGUUUAUGAGCAGAGGCAUUGUAUUCCAACCUCCUACCCCUCUUGCUCCUCCUCCACCCUCCACCCCCUCCACGAACGUCAUCACAAGCAUUCAGCUACACCCCUUUUCUAGCUUGAGGUCAGCUGUGGAGCUAAGGCAGCCUGAAAAGAUGAACACCGCACUGCUGGCGUGUACUGUGGGAGACGCUGCCUGGCUGAAGAGGUGUAUGUCGUCUCGCUUCGACCCGUCCACCACUGACAAAGAAGGACUUACCUGCCUGCACCUGGCAGCCAAGAACGGGCACGUUGACUGCCUGAGGUACCUGCUCGACAGUUGUAGGUGUGACGUGGACGAGGCGGAGACCACCUCAGGCCGCACUGCUCUCCACUUCUCCGUAUCCCACAGACGCAGCCCGCAAACGAGCCUGCAAGUCGCGAAGCUGCUCCUAGAGCGAAGAGCAGACCCAAACAGGCAGAGUGAGGAAGGCUGGACGUCCCUUCACGUGGCGGCUAGUAACGGCCACGCAAGGUGUCUGAAAAGACUACUAGAACACGGAGCAGACAUACAUCUAUCAGAUAGUCAGGGGCGCACGGCAAGUGAUAUUGCUACACUUCAUGGUCAUUUUGAGUGUGCCCGCUUGCUGCGCUCCCUGCACUGGGCAAGGAGAAAAGACAGACAACUCACAUCAGAACUACAAGAGAAGACAGAGGAAAAGAGACGACAACACGAGAGAGCACUCAUUGAGUCUCGACUGAAGAAAGAGGCGGCAGACAGGGCCUACCAGCUGUGGGGCCAGAAUAAGUCCAAGAUGACAGUAGAGCCGCCAGCUGCCUGUAGAGAGAGACAGGAACUGAGGAGCCCUCGCUCUUGUUCCUCUUGUAACACUAGCAGAACCUCAUCAGGGAGGCAGUCGGCCUCUCGCGCGAAGUUGACAGCUCCCAUUAGUGUGACUAUGGACCAGGCCAAGAGGAACAUUGAAUGCACCGGGAGACCUGCCAAACUACAUCCAUACUCCAACUAUCCUCCGCGAAAGCAGCGCAGACCAUCUUCCAAAAAGGCAUCAGUCAGAUCUGGGCGUAGUUCUAGGGCUAGUAACACAACCUCAUCGCCUUCUCCUGCCCCUUUGAUAAUUACCAGUGAUACGAGGAUCCAGGAACAAGAUGGGAAUGAAAUAGCAACAGCUGAACCACAAAGAGUUGCUGAAGACAGAAACCAGGAGAAUUCUUCAGACAGUGGCGAGGAGCAGUGUGAUGUUACUGAACACCGACCGAGUGAGCUAAAUAUCGGUCUACUGAAGAAUUCUUCGGAACCUCUCGUUCCAGAAACUGAGUCAGACGAAACUGCAGAUGAUGUCGAAGUUCAAUUCCUCAUCGGUGGAGUAGGCGAAGACGACGAGGGAGAGACAGAGGCGGGAAUAGAGUACGAAGAAGGAGUUGACGAAAUAGCAUUCCACGAUGUGGGAAGAGCAAACUCUCUCUCCUUACCUGGGGCCCUCACCAAGAACAGAAGUGUGGCGGAAGUGAUGAAGCUACUGAGACACCUGGGGAGCAGUGGGAGUGGGUCGCAAACCUCUCGAUACACCAGACGGCUUUCGUUCUCCUGUGGGUUACAGCGACGCUUCAGUCUGGGGGCCAUCCCCGAGGGUCAGAUGGUGACAAACUACAGCAAUGAGAGUGUGGUGAGUCUGGAGGAGAAGAGCUCUUGGUUGAGACUCCCAGACAUCAGGAGGUCUGGAAUCUGCCAGGAGGGAGAUGAGGGAGGAAGAGGAGAUGCUAAAGAUGAUAUAGAUAGACGACAGGUUUUGGGGGAAAGCAGUGUCUCUGAUUCCUCCCAGGCAGGGGCGGAGAGGGAGGGAUACAAUGAUGACAGAGCUCAGACGGAGAGAAAGACACUCAAGAUCGUCAAUUUGUUAUGGGACGCCUCAUCCAGUACUGUACAGACUAGUAUAACAGAGUCUCCAAUGACUCCUCUCAACCACACGUUGCAGUCUGUGAUCCCUCACCCCCGACCAACUUCCCCUCACACUCCCCCCUCCCCCAUCUCAUCCUCACAUCACUCCUCCCCCACACCAGUCCACACACCACCAAAUUCGAGUGGAACAUCAGUAACAAGACCAGUUCUGCUGCGAUCGAACUCAAGCCAUUUCCCUGCCUUUUCUUUCUGCAGUGAACUGGAAGACCUCCAAGAGGCAGAGAGCAGUCCCAAUAUUAUAGCCUCACCAAGAGGGGACUCAGAUACCUCUCAUGGUCCACACACCCUUGAUCAACCCUCGCUCCCAGCACACUCUCUCUUUGGGAGCCUCAUGGGUGGGAUUGCCUCAAAGUCAAUGGUGUCUCUAGAAGCCACAAACUCAGCUCACCACGAAUCUGGCCAGUCAGUGUCCCUGCAGUUGUGUCAACGUCGAGCCAAGUCAGCCCCUAACAUCCUCAACUUCCAGAAGAAUGAAGAGAAGAACCUCUCGAACCAUGAGAGCACAUUUGAACAAUAG